UAGGGUGGCACAGUGUUUAAUGGCUAUCACUGCUGCCUCACAGCACCAGGAAUCCACGUUCGAUUCCACCCUUGGGCAACUGUCCGUGUAGAGUUUGCAUGUUCUCCCAUGUCUGCUUGGGGUUUCCUCUGGGUGCUCUGGUUUCCUCCCACAGUCCAAAGAUGUGCAAGUUAGGUGGAUUGGCCAUGCUAAAUUGCCCAUAGUAUCCAGGGAUGUGCAGACUAGGUGGGUUAGCUAUGGUGGAUGCAGGGUUACAGAGAUAUGGGUGGGGACGGGACAGGUUUGGGUGGGAUGCCCUUUGGACCGUCAGUGUGGACUUGAUGGGCCGAAUGGCCUGUUUCCCCACUGUAGGGAUUCUGUAUAAAAGUGGCAAAAUGCACUCAUGGUGCAAAAACGGUGACAGACUUGAAAUAUUAACUCUUGCUUCUCUAUCGACAAAGAUGCUGUAAAACUUUUGUUGAGUAUUUCCAAGUUCUGCUUUCACUGUACGCCAACAUGAACUUGAACAGAACCUCCUACAGGCUAAGUGGAUUAGCCAUUAGCAACGCAAGUUUACAGUAGGGGUCUGAGUCCGGGUGAGAAGUUUCUCGGAGAGUUGGUGCAGACUUGUUGGGCCAAAUGGCCUGUCUCCGCACUUGAGGGAUUCUGCGAUUCCCGUCUCUCCAAGGAGAACCCGGGGGAGCCGUUGGAUUGUGGGAGUUGUAGUUUCCGGACGGUAAAACUACAAUUCCCAGAAUGCCGGUUGGGCGCGACGUUGUGGCCACACACCUCUUCCCUCCCACUCGCAUCGAGCCGAGGCAUCAAGCGGCUGCGAGGAGAAUGAAACCGGGAGGAAGGGAAAAAGUAGAGGCAGGAGCGGAAGCGUUCGCCUGAUCGAACUCGGGUCAGGACAACAGUCGAGCUGGGGUGGAAUGGGCCCAGCGCUUGCUGGCGAACGGGCCGGGGCUGAAAUGUCGAGAGGAGGCCGCGGCUCCGCGAACAAAGAGGUGUAAACAGACCAAAGAGAAGACACCCCUUUCCUUCCCUUCUCCUCCCCUCUGGAGGAGUCAGAGCUACUCCUCCCACUGCCGGAGCCCGGCACGUCCGUGUCUCAGCCGUUAGCACACAACAGCCCCGGGGGCUCGGCUGCUGCCGCAACACCCGCAGCUCGGGCUGCAGGGGUCAGGUGCCUGUUGGAGGGUGACUGGUUAAUGGGGGUUUAACUAGUUUAAUGCCCAGUGCGACAGGGAUAUCAGCUUGGGCGGUGGUGCAAAGUGCCCUGCCUCUUUCCCUGUCCCUAUUAUGUACACCUUUGUGGUCCGGGAUCGGAACAGCUCCAUCUACGCAGAAGUGGGUAAAGUGCUCAUCUCCACGGGGCAAUGGCGAAGACUCAAGAGGGACAACCCCAGGUUCAACCUGAUGCUGGGGGAGAGGAACAAGCUGCCUUUCGGUACCCUGGGUCAUGAACCAGGACUUGCACAGCUUGUAAACUAUUACAGGGGUGCUGACAAACUCUGCCGCAAGGCUUCAUUAGUCAAACUCAUCAAGACAAUCCCAGAGCUGAUGGAAUCGUGCACCUGGUUUCCAGAAUCUUAUGUGAUCUAUCCCAUGGGUCUCCACACUACUCUGAUACCUGUGAAGAAUGGCAUCAAAGCACAAAGAAAUAACGCGAGAACAGAUGAUCGGGAAGCAUUUUUGGCAUCUUACCACAAGAGAGAGGAAAAUGGAGAAAGCAACGUGUGGAUAGCCAAAUCUUCAGCAGGCGCUAAAGGUACUGGAAUUUUUAUUUCUUCUGACGCUAAUGAAUUGAUGGAUUACAUAGAUAAUCAAGGUCAAGUUCACGUGAUUCAGAAAUACCUCGAGAGACCUUUACUGUUAGAACCAGGACAUCGCAAAUUUGACAUCAGAAGCUGGGUACUUCUUGAUCACCAGUAUAAUAUUUACCUCUAUAAGGAAGGUGUAUUGCGGACUUCCUCUGAUCCAUACAAUAGCACUGAUUUUCAAGACAAAACCAGUCAUCUGACAAAUCAUUGUAUUCAGAAAGAAUACUCCAAGAAUUAUGGGAAAUAUGAAGAAGGCAACGAAAUGUUUUUUGAAGAUUUCAAUCAGUAUUUAAUGAACACUCACAACGUUAACUUGGAAAACAGUAUUUUACCACAAAUCAAGCAAAUCAUAAGAUUCCUCUGGGUGGUUAUAAUACCAUUUUCCAGUUGUGGUGUUGGUUGGUGUCGGUAUCUAAGCUGCCUCAUGUGUAUAGAACCUGCAAUCGCCACUAAGCUGCUCCCAUACCAUAGCUUUCAACUGUUUGGGUUUGACUUUAUGGUUGAUGAAGAUCUCAAAGUCUGGCUAAUUGAAGUGAAUGGAGCUCCUGCCUGUGCUCAGAAACUCUAUGCUGAACUUUGUCAAGGCAUAGUGGAUGUAGCCAUUUCGUCAGUCUUUCCAUUAAGUGACUCAUCGCCGAAACGGAGCCAACAAUCUGUCUUCAUUAAACUGGGAAGUUAAUAUAGAGUUUUAUUGCUCCUUCUCCCACUUCCACUACAUUUCAUAAUCUGAUUGUCUGUACGUAUCAGCAUCAACUGAGCACUGUGAAUCAUGCAUACAAACUCAAUCCAUAGUCCUCAGAAGUCUGUUAAAAGACCAUUGUAUCCAUGGUGAAGAAUAAUUAUGAAGGCUGUCGAAUUAUUUAUGUUGGUUACUUGUAUAAAUCAACAGCUUACAUGAUGUACAUCAUUAAGACUCCUUUUGGAAAAUUACAAUCCGAGCAUGACAAUGGCAAUUGCUGUAAACUGAUACAUGUCGCUUCAAACUCUGCAGAAAUGCUACAAGAAUAUUCUGUUUAUUACAAAUGCAGGGACUGUGCAGUAAAUACAUUGACAUAAUGAUUAUGCGAUUAGAAGUACCGAUCUGCAUCCUGAAAAGGUUAUUACAGUACUUGGACCUGAUUAAAAUUUUGGCACUAUCCUUAAAAUAUGUGGAGAACUUUCAUAAUGUAUUCUGCUAAUAUCACUUACAUAAUGGUGCAUAAAGAUGGAUACACUGUGACCUGGCACAGCCCAAACCAACUCCUUAAUAUACAUUUCAUACCAUGUACAGUAGUAUGUUUACCAAUCGUGAAUGCUAAGUGCUUCAGAAACCACGAACGAAAGCAGCCAUGCACUGCUUUCAUUCUGAUUGUCUAUAUAUUCUGAGAGCUUCUUUUUGAAAUGCCAGUGAUAUUGUGGAUGUGAAGAAAGCAAAGGAUUCUGGUUAUUGUUUGUUUUUAUUAUAUUUGCAAACACUUAAUCCUCUGAGAGGAGUUUUUGGGGUGGGGCAAACUAAUUGUAUUUCAAAGAUGCUAAUUUUAUGAAGGGGGAGGAAUCCUUUCCUUCUGCAUUUUUUUUUGUGUUGGGAACUCUGCAGAAUGAAAUGCACUAUUACAAACAUAAAAACAGAAAUUACUGGAAAAGCUCAGCAGGUCUGGCUGCAUCUCUGGAGAGAAAUCAGAGUUAAUGUUUCGGGUCCAGUGACCCUUCCUCAGAACUGAAUUUUAUGCACUACUAAAAAGUUUAGUUCAUUCUGUUUGCAGCCUAAAUAUGGCCUGCAUAGAGCUGAUGAGGAUUAAUUAAGACAGAUUGAAAAAUGGUAGCAUGCACUAAAUGCAUUUUGUCUUGAUUCGCAUUAUGUAUGUACAUCACAGAAACUGCUCUCCUGUCUGAAAUUUACUUUUCUGAUCUUUUGUUCUGGAAGUUAUGAGAUAACAAUUUAUUUUAUGUAUGGUUUUCAAUUUAUUUCCCUGCCAGUUCACCGUCUGAAUAAUCACCUUGCUGCAAUUAUCUUAUUGUUACCUGAUAAAUGCAUGUUUUUUUAAAUAGAUCAACUAUUUUGCUC